ACAAAUUAAAUUAGAUACCUAAAUCAGAUAAUUGUUGAUUUUCGGUUUAAGCGGUUCAAUGUUAUCCAUAUAUUAUAAUAUUAUUUAAAUUAUAAACAUUUAAGAAAAAAAAUGCAUCCAAAUAUCUCGACGUUGCUUAACCGUCAAAAUAAAGAUGUUCAAUGAAUCCAAGUGGUUCCCCUGAGUAACAAAACUCGUAAAACAAUGAAUUUCAUGAAGUGAAAUCAAAUCUCUUUCACUCAUUUUGUCAAACAUUUGGGCCGCAUCUUCAAUUUCCCCACGUUUUAAGAGCAUUCAAAGCGGCACAUAUAAGACGGUGAGUAUUCACAACGUAAAUGUCAACCUUACUACAUGCCCAUGGUAUCGUGAUUGUUAGAGACAAAAUAUUCGGGAACCCUUUCAACACGGAGGCAGGAGAAGAAAACAAAUGGCUGCGUUUCCUUCAUCAAUUGAUAAACACGUACACCUAUUAAAGGAAAAAGACAAACACUUGCCUGUCAACAAACCCAAAUUGGAGCGUCGUCGUUAUCUUCGUCAGGUCCGUGUGACUUUGAAUAAAUUGGAUUUGGCCCACCAAAUGGUUGACGAAAUUCCCCUAACAAAGACAUUUGCCUGGAACCAAUUGAUCCAAGCCCAUCUCUCCAAUGAGCAUCCUCAACAAGCCCUCUCUGUUUAUCAUGGAAUGAUGCUUCGUGGUGUACGUCCCGACAAGCAUACUCUCCCACGCGUCUUAACCGCUUCUCGUCAUUGCUUCAACUUAGCAUUUGGGAAACAAGUUCAUGCCCAUGCUUUCAAGCUUGGCUUCUCCUCCGACCUCUAUGUCAUCACUGCUUUAAUAGAAAUGUAUGGUCGUCUACACGGUGUUGAGACUGCAAAAUCUGUGUUGGAUAAUGCCGCCACUUCCAAUUCUGUAGCUUGCACUUUACUAGCUAAGUUGUACUUGAUGGAAAAUAAGCCCCACUCGGCUAUUGAAAUCUUUAACCGAAUGUUUCGAUUGAAGGCUGAUAUUGAUCCAGUAGGAUUGGCAACAGCUAUUGGCACAUGUUCCCUCUUAAAGUCUCUACAACAGGCAAGAAACAUGCAUCAGAUUGCUAGGGAAUGCGGUUUGGAAUUUCAUCAACUUGUCAGCAAUUCACUCUUGAAAAUGUAUAUUGAUUGUGAUAGUAUGGAGGAAGCUCGAUCUGUUUUCGAUGCAAUGCCAUCCAGAGAUGUUAUUUCAUGGACAGAGAUGAUUCGUGGGCAUGUCAAAAAGGGAGGAUAUAACGAGGCCCUCAAAUUGUUUCGCCGAAUGACUGUUGCUGGAAUAAAACCUGAUUCUCUCACAAUUUCUAGCAUUCUUCCGGCCUGUGCAAGAGUACCAGCUCAUAAGCAAGGGAAGGAACUACAUGCCUACUUGCUUAGGAAUGAAAUAGACGUGAAUCUCACAAUCCAGAACGCUUACAUGGACAUGUAUGUCAAAUCAGGAUUCAUUGAAUUGGCAUCAAAUGUUUUCAAGUCCAUGAUGAAGAGAGAUAUUGUUUCUUGGACUAUAAUGAUAUUGGGCUAUAGCUUGCAUGGACAGGGAGGGCGGGGACUAGAUUUGUUCUUUGAGAUGGAGAAAGACUCCAGCUUAGAAAUUGAUGAAUUCACAUAUGCUGCAGUUCUCCACGCAUGUGUUACUGCUUGCAGGGUUGAUGAAGGAAUGUUUUACUUCAAUUGCAUUCAGGCACCUACGGUUACACAUUGUGUUCUAAUGGUAGCUCUUCUAGCUCGUGCUGGACUCUUUGAUGAGGCACGGACCUUUAUCAAGAAACACCAGAUUGAAAAUAAUGCAGAGGUAUUAAGAGCUUUGCUGGAUGGAUGCAGGAUCCACCAUCAAGUAAAGAUGGGUAAACGAAUUGUUGAGCAGCUUUGUGAUUUGGAUCCCCUUAAUGCUGAAAACUAUGUGUUACUGUCAAAUUGGUACGCAGAAUGUGCAAAAUGGGACAUGGUUGAUAAACUAAAGAUGACAAUCAAAGACAUGGGUUUGAAGCCUAAAAGAGCAUACAGUUGGAUAGAGUUUCGAAAUAAAGUUCAUGUGUUUGGAACCGGAGAUGUUUCCCACCCGAGAUCUGAGAUAAUACAUUGGGAGUUGCAGAAUUUAAUGAAGAAAAUGGAAGAUGAAGGACAUAGGCCUAGUUCAGUGUUUAGCCUCCAUGAUGUUGAUGAAGAACGUGAAUGUAUUCUAAUUGGACAUAGUGAAAUGUUAGCCAUUUCUUUUGGGCUUAUCAGUACAAAAGGGAGAGUACCUAUUCGUGUCACAAAGAAUCUCAGAGUAUGUCGAAGCUGCCAUGACUUUGCAAAGGUUAUAUCCAAGAUUGUAGAAAGAGAAAUCAUAAUAAAGGAUCCAAAUUAUUUCCACCAUUUUAAGGAUGGACAUUGUUCAUGUGGGGAUCUUUGGUGAUCUAAUUUUUCACCCUUUGCUAUUCUGUGAUCCAAAUCUCUAGAUGUGAUUGGAGCUUUUGACUGCUGAUACGAAUAACAUUUUCCUUUCAAUUGAUUUUCAAUGUCUGUUUAACCUUUCCCUCGCGUGAUAAGCUUAGGCUUUCCCUUUUAAUAAAGUUUUUUAAACGUCGUUGUGGUGUGAUAUUUCUGUGAAGAGGUCAUGAAAUUUGAUUGAAUGGGCAUGCAGUUUAGUAACCUUCGUUCUGCUUUAUAACAAGUUGUCCCAAUGGAUGUCGGAUUUUAAGGUUCGACACAUCCAUCACCGGGCAAGCAUGGGCACAUAUCACGAUUCACGUGGCAUAACCUGGCUGUGGAAAAGCUGACUGCAUCUGAUGGUUUAUCAUUGCAUGAAAAUCAUACAAUUCAUCACCUUGAAUUAGUUGGG